CGGUGGGGCGGCCAAACGAUUGAAAACGCGAAGCAAAAAGGUCAAAAUGUUUAUAUUAUUUUUGAAAAGGGAGGUGCUGAGAUCUCCUUUCCGCCCGAUUGGCCGAACUUGACAGUGAUUGACGUGCAUCCAUGGCAACCGGGCAACCAAUCUGCCAAGUCCAAUAGGAAAUCAUCGGAGGGGGCUUGACUGUCUUUUUCUCCCCCCCUUAAAAAUACAUCUCGGCUCCGGCUUUAAUUCUUUCCUACACUCAGUCCUAGCCUACCUUGACAAAUACAUCGCCGCUCCGGCAUUUUUUUUUUUUUAUUUUUCCUGCACCUUCAGCCCUUUGCCUGCCAAGUUUGCCAAGCCCGAGGAUGCGGUAGCCGGCCCCCGCGCAUCAUCGUCCCUCCUCCGCGGCGUUUCUUGUCUGCGAUUUCCACGGCUGGUCAGACGAUUGGUUCGGUAAACUUUGGGAUUGCCUUGUUUUUUUUUUUUGGUUUGUCUUGGAUUUGCCUUGGCGCACGGAGAGAAGACGCGAGGAGGACCCGACGCCGGGGAGAGAGCGAGAGAGGAGAAAGGAGGGGGAGAGGGACACACAGGAGAAGCCUCCAUGUUUCAGCUGCCCAUCUUGAAUUUCAGCCCCCAGCAGGUCGCCGGGGUCUGCGAGACUCUGGAGGAGAGCGGGGACGUCGAGCGUCUGGGCCGCUUCCUCUGGUCGCUGCCCGUUGCGCCAGCGGCCUGCGAGGUCCUCAACAAGAACGAGUCGGUGCUGAGGGCCAGGGCCGUCGUCGCUUUCCACACGGGAAAUUUCCGCGAACUCUACCACAUCCUGGAGAACCACAAGUUCACCAAAGAGUCGCACACGAAGCUGCAGGCGCUGUGGCUCGAAGCGCACUACCAGGAGGCUGAGAAGCUGCGGGGCCGCCCGCUGGGGCCAGUGGACAAAUACAGGGUACGGAAGAAGUUUCCCCUACCCAGAACCAUUUGGGAUGGAGAGCAGAAAACCCACUGCUUCAAGGAGAGAACCCGGCACUUGCUAAGAGAAUGGUACUUGCAGGAUCCCUACCCAAACCCCAGUAAAAAGCGGGAGCUUGCUCAAGCUACCGGACUUACACCCACACAAGUAGGAAACUGGUUCAAAAACCGCAGACAAAGAGACAGAGCAGCGGCUGCGAAGAACAGGCUCCAACAGCAGGUCCUGUCCGGCGGCUCGGUUCGCUCCCUGGCGGACGACGACGCCACCGUGGACCGCCUGGGGAACUCGUCCAGUCCGGAGGCCAGUCUGUCCAGCAAAGCAGCCGCCUCGGCCAUCUCCAUCACCUCCAGCGACAGUGAAUGUGACAUCUGACGGGCAGAUCGAGGGUGUUAAUGCAUUAAGGGGAUGCGAGUGAAAGACAAUCUAAUAAAACAAGUCAUAGUGCCUGCGUUGAGUUUAAAAAAAAAAAAAAAAAAAAAAAUCACACACAAACUGAUAUUUGACGGCUGACAAAACACGAGGGGAUUUGUGAUCCGCGGCGGACUGCCCGUCCUUAUCCUUUUAGGCCUACUUUUGUUUGCGUUUUACCCACGUGUGGAUAACCGAACUUAAUACGGACGAAACACAGUUCACGGACUAAUCAACCAACGCUACCAGAUGAAAAAAUACAUAUUAAAAAAAAAAAAAGGAAAAGGGAUGAGGGCAUCCAAACGCGCCUAACCUGCUGUUCUCUGUGGGUAUUUCAUGUUGAAAAGAACUGUGAUAUUUUUACUUUACUUUCAAAGUUUUAUAAAUAAUGUUUAUUUGCCUAUUUAAAACGAUCUGCUCUGUCUCUUCGAAUUUCAUAUUCAUUUGCUUGGUGUUUUUAAUACUUACCUUGUACACAGGUAAACCUGUUGAGCAUGCGCGCUUUAGUGAAAAUGUGUUUCAGUAAAAGAAAAAAAAGUAAAGAUAACUUAAUAAAAAUAAUUGUUGAUGAA